AUGCCCAGGCCAGAAAAGGAGAUUGAAAACAAAUUAAAUCAUAAUAAUGAGAUGUUGCAAACUUUGGCUAUUAAAAUUAAUUUAGAACUUGAAAAAGAAGUUAAGUUACUAAAAGGUCUAAUUAUUGAAAUAGAUUCUACUAGACUUGUAAAAACUAGAAAUAGCAAUAAUAAAGAAUCACUAAAGAAAGUUGAUGAUAAAGAUGGCCAGAAUGAGAACGGCAACUAUACGAUUCGUGAUCAUGAACAUAAUAGCAAUUAUCAUGAUAAUAGUGCUGGUGUUGGUUCUAGUUCUGGAACUAAUCUUGGUUUCAGUAUUAAUGAUACUGAUGUUGGUGAUGGUAGAAGUAAUCAAUAA